UGUUUUUAUUGCUUUCCGUUUUGUCUUCCGCGCCUUCCAUCGUAUAAACAAAAAUAUUGCGCAGAUGUUCCGCACUUCGUUCAUAUCGUUCAUACAGAUUUUUCAGAUUUUCACAUGAAACCAUUUUUUACAAAGUAUCAGUUUCUGAUUAUUAAAACAUUAUGAAGCACCUCAUGGGGAUAGGCUUGCUUUGGCUGUUAUUUUACAAAAAUGCCGAAGCAGUGCAACGAUUUGACGACGAUAUUUCCAUUGCUCUGGUGGAAAAGGGCAGGAAGCAGCUGAAUGAACUGGAGGAGAAAAGUCACCUGCCCCGGUACGGUGAAUGUUGGCUGCACGCGUUGGACCACCUUCGGAACGGAUGCCGUAUGCUAACCGACACGAUUCAAGUGGACCUGGCGUUGCACUUUACGGAUUGCUUCAUGGAAAUGUCCGGUCAGGAACGCCUGGAUUGCGUGUCUGAGCGGACUGAGGCGCUUAAGCGACUCUGCAUGAGCGAAAUGACUGAUCGACAGUUUGCCGUCUACACGGAGUUUUUUACACAAACGCAAAGCAUGUGCUUCUUCCUGCAAAGCCAACGGUGGCAACUGGAAGCAGAUCAGACGAUUGAUAAGCUGAGUGUGCGGUCAAAAGAGGUCAGCGAGCAGUUGGAAGUAGCGGGGGAAAUUCAGCGCACGGUUCUGGAACACCAGAAGGAAGGGCUGCGACUACAAGGAGAAAUGCUAAAAGUUGGCGGACAUUUAGCAAAGACGCUGAACGGAUCUAAGGAAAUGCUCGAUCAAUUGACGGUCGAUUUGAAAAAUUCGACCAAGGAGCACCAGGCCGUUUUGAAGGACUUGUUCAGGGAGUUCUACCUUCUGCAUAGCUGGAUCGUUGGUAGAUAUGCUUUCGUCGAUAGGAUUGUCUUUUACGUCUGUCUUCUGGUGGUAAUUAUGAUUGCAACGUCCACAAAGAGAACGAAUAGUGCUAGGUCCUAUUUAAUCCUUAACUCAAUUGGAAGUGUAUUAUUAGAGAUCACAUUGCCUAAGCUACUUCCCGUCGCAGACGAAAUCCAGAAGGAUCGAAUAAUCUGGGCUGUAAGAAAAUUGUUCAUGAUUUCUGGAGCUACAAUAUUUGGGUUUUAUUGCUAUCGCUUCCAAGACGAGAACGAUAAAAUAUUGAAUGAAAUCAAAGAACAGAAUCGACAGAUAAUGGAAUGCAUUUUGCGCAUGAAAAUGGAAACCCCUUUGGAUGCGCCAAAACCGGACAGCGAAGAAAAACAGUCCUAUUCCACGGCUUACGGAUAUACGGCUAGUCACGUAUCACCUUCCAAGCAGAGCUAUCGCCCUGGGACGAGUAGGUUCUUGCCACCGGUUGUACCCCCCGUACAAGAACCAGACACAACCAAUUACGAUAAGGAAAACAGUUCGAACGAGCGCCGAUCGGUGACCAUGUCGUUGCGACUGACUCCAGAGCGUCGCGAACGGAGAGCUCCUUCCCGUACUUCCGAGUCCAGCGUUUCGCACGCCUCCAGAUACAACUUGAGACGAAAGACAACUAACCAGUGACGCGUCAAACUACCAAAUUCCUUCUCUAAUUGCAACAUUCCGUUUUACCUGUAUUGCUGGGAUACCUUAAAUAACGCUCUGUCGACUUUUUUGAGUGAUUUGUAACAUAAGUUAAGCAGCUAAUUUAACAUUACGCAUGCAUCGCAACCACAUUCCAAAGCUUAUUAAACCAAAAAAAAAA